CGUAGGGGGGGGGGCCAUGGCCUCGGUGCCCGUUUACUGCCUGUGCCGCCUGCCCUAUGACGUCACCCGCUUCAUGAUCGAGUGCGAUGGGUGCCAGGACUGGUUCCAUGGCAGCUGCGUGGGGGUGGAGGAGGAGGCAGCAGCCGACAUCGACCUCUACCAUUGCCCGAAGUGUGAGGUCCUGCACGGCCCCUCUGUCAUGAAGCGGCGCCGGGGCCCUCCGAAGCCUGCGGAGCCGGAGCCACCGCGCCCGGUCCGCACCGGGAGCGCUCAGUUCAUCCGGGAGCUGCGGGGCCGGACCUUCCCCAGUGCGGAUGAGGUCCUGCUCCGGCCCAGUGGGGCACAGCUGACGGUCGAGUACCUGGAGGAGAAGACUUUCAGUGUCCCCAUCCUGGUGGCUCGCAAGGAGGGGCUGGGAAUGACGCUGCCCCCCCCCACCUUCACCCCCCGCGACGUGGAGCACUAUGUGGGUGCUGAGAAGAUCAUCGACGUCAUGGACGUGGGGCGCCAGGCCGAGUGCCGCAUGCGCCUCGGGGACUUCGUCACCUACCUGGGGGGGCCCCGGCGCGACCGGGUCCUCAACGUCAUCAGCCUCGAGUUCUCUGACACCCGGCUCUCCAACCUGGUGGAGACCCCGCGCCUGGUGCGGAAGCUUUCCUGGCUGGAGAACCUGUGGCCGGGGGAGUCGGCGCGGGAGCGACCGAGCCUGCAGAAGUUCUGCCUCAUGGGAGCCCGCGACAGCUUCACUGACUUCCACAUGGACUGCGGGGGCACCUCCGUCUGGUACCAUGUGCUGAGGGGCGAGAAGAUCUUCUACCUGGCUCGCCCCACUGCGGCCAACCUGGCUCUGUUCGAGGCCUGGAGCAGCUCCCGCAACCAGGCCGAGCUCUUCUUUGGGGACCAAGUGGAUCGAUGCUACCGGUGUCCCCUGCGCCAAGGCCAGACCCUCUUCAUCCCCACAGGUUGGAUCCACGCCGUGCUGACCCCCGUCGACUGCUUGGCUUUUGGGGGGAACUUCUUGCAUAGCCUCAACAUCGACAUGCAGCUCAAGGCGUACGAGAUCGAGCGGCGCCUCAGCACUGCCACCCUCAAGUUCCCCAACUUCGAGACCAUUUGCUGGUAUGUGGGGAGGCACCUCCUGGACACCUUCCGAGGGCUGCGAGAGAACCGGAGGCACCCGGCUGCUUACCUGGUGCAUGGGGCCAAGGCGCUGACGGCCGCGUUCCGGGCCUGGACCCGCAAAGAGGUGCUGGGGGAGCACGAGCAUGAGAUCCCUGACACGGUGCGGCCAGGCCAGCUCAUCCGGGAGCUCGCCAAGGAGAUCCGGCUGGUGGAGGAGCUCUUCCAACAAAGCGCUGGGAAAUCAGGGACCCCCUUUGGCCCCCCCCGGGGAGUUCCCCCCCCCCUCAAGGAGCCCCCCCUCAAAAAGGGGGGGCCCCGCAAGCCCCCCCCCGCCUUGCGCCCCCCUGACGAGGGGGGGGGGCCCAAACCCCCCCAGGAGGAGGAGGAAGAGUUUGACCCCCCCAGUUCCAGCCCAGAGGAGACAGAUCCUGAUUCUGAGGGGGACCCCCAAAUCCUGCUGGCCAAUGGGGGAGCUCGGUCUCGUCGCAGCCGCCCAGGGGCCCGUUGGGGGUCGCAGGUGCCCCCAUCCCCCCCCUGCUCCCCACCCAGCCCCCCCCUGGACCUGGACUCGGAGGAGGAUUUGCAGAUUGAUGAGACCCCCCCGCGGCGCGGCCCCCGGCGCCUGCCCCGGCUCCCCCGGAAGCUGCCCCGGGCCAAGCCCUGCUCUGACCCCAACCGCGUGCGGGAGCCAGGGGAGGUCGACUUUGACAUCGAGGAGGACUAUACCACUGAGGAGGAGGAGGGGGGGGCCGGGGGCAGCGCUGCAGGGAUCCUGGACCUGCUCAAGGCCAGUCGGCAAGUGGGGGGCUCCGAGUACCCCCAGCUCAGCGAGGCCCCAGCCUCCCCCAGCACACGUGAGGCCAUCCAGGGCAUGCUGUGCAUGGCCAACCUGCCUGCCGGCACCCCCCUGGGCCCCCCCCCCGUGGUGGGCGGGGGGCAGGCCCUGAGCGAGCCGGGGGGGGGCGCUGCUGGGAUAGGGGGGGGCCCCCGACGAGCCCCCCCCCCGGCCCCCCGGAGCACAGACAGUGAGGAUGAGGCCAGCCUGGAUGAGCAGGACAGCCUGGGGGCUUGCUUCAAGGAUGCUGAGUACAUUUACCCCUCAUUGGAGUCAGAUGAGGAUGAUCCAGCGCUCAAAUCACUGCCCAAAAAGAAGAAGGUCACGGACGAUGCCCCUUGGAGCCCCAAAGCCCGGGUCACCCCCUCACUGCCCCGGCAGAGCCGCCCGGUGCGGGAAGGCACGAGGGUGGCAUCGGUGGAGACCGGACUGGCGGCCGCCGCUGCCAAACUGGCCCAGCAGGAGCACCGGAAGCUGCAGCGCCGGAAGGGCCCAGCCAAGCGCCGCCCCCCCUCUCCCCCUUCACCCGAGGAGGAAGAAGAGGAGGAAGAGGAGGAGGAAGAACCGGAGCCAGAACCCGAAGGGGACCCCGAAGGGGACCCUGAACCUGAGCCCGAAGUCGAGCCCCCCCCGGAGCCCCCCUACCCCCCCAGCCUGGCGGACCACGAGUACACGGCUCGCCCUGGAGGGGGGGGACCAGGCCUUGGGGCGCCCCAAGCAGGGCGAGCGCCCACCCCUAUGGCCCCUGGAGUGUUCCUGACACAGCGCCGCCCCCCCCAUGCCCCCCCAGCGGCUGCACAGGGGAAGCGCCCCAAGAAGGGGUUGGCCACGGCCAAGCAGCGCCUGGGCAGGAUCCUCAAGAUCCAUCGCAAUGGGAAGCUGCUCCUUUAAGAGGAGGGGUGGGGCCAAGGGGUUGGCCACGCCCCUAAAAGGCGGAGCGAAGAAUAGACCACGCCCCUAUUUCCACGCCCCGCCAAGGAGCUGCAAGGGAUCGGGAGUGGUUACCUUUGGCCACGCCCAGGGGGCGGUCCGAGUCGCGGCCACGCCCCCACAAUAAACUUAGACGGAGGGGGCGUGGUCACGUAGAAGCCACGCCCUCCGUUGGCUGCCCAUAACACCCCCUUCCGCAAAGGGGCGGGGCUUCGUGGAGGCGCGCUACACCCUCGCCUUCCCAUUGGCUGCCAGCCAAGGAGCGGGCGGGACUUUGCCGCCCAUUGCCGUUACUAUUGGAGGAGGCGGGCCCGCCCCCUUGGACUGGAGAAGGGGCGGAGCUUUCUCUGAUUGGUCCCUGACUGGAUUUCUCUUUCCCCACGUGUUUUCAGGUUGAUUGACGGGGGGCGGGGCCGCUUCCCAUUGGCUGCCCCCUGUUUUGUAGGCGUGUCCCUCGGCGCGGCCCCUCCCCCCUUUUGUAUUUGUUAGAAUAAAAAAAAAAUGAUUAAAACCAGG